AUGUUCCUGCUUGUGCUUGCUGCGUUUAGCGUGUACCUGUUGUCUCUUGCGGUGCAGAGGCUCUUUCUUUCUCCUAUCGCGAAGUUCCCUGGACCGAAGCUUGCGGCACUCACAAGAUGGUACGAAUUCUACUACGAAGUCGUGUUGCGCGGCCAGUUCACUUUCCAUGUCGGCGAAUUGCACAAGACAUAUGGUCCGAUUGUGAGAAUCAACCCAUAUGAGCUGCACAUCGCAGAUUCAGAGUUCUGGGACACGCUGUACGGCGUUGGCAGGGUUGAUAAGUAUGACUACUUCAUCAAUCGCCAGAACAUACCACGAUCCAUCUUUGCAACGCCGGACCACAAUCUGCACAAAUUGCGUAAGGCACCGCUUCAGCCUCUCUUCUCGAAGAAGCGGAUCUCGGACUUUCAGCCGGUCAUCCGCGAGAAGCUCGCCAUCUUAUGCAGCAAGAUCGACCAAUUUGUGCAAAGCGGCCGCCCAUUCGCACUCAAUCGAGCAUGCACUGCCUUCUCUGGCGAUGUCAUCACCACGUACGUGUUUGGCCAAGCGUAUGACCACCUGCAGUCGCCGGACUUCAAGGAGACCUUUCAGGAGCCCUUCAUGGCAGCCUCGGAAUCUGGACAUGUGGCCCUGCAGUUCAAAUGGCUCUACCCGUUGCUGGAGUCAUUGCCUGAGUGGCUGGUCUUUAAGAUGGAGCCCCGGAUGUUUUUGAUCCUGCAGCUUGCCAAGGACUUCGAUGCUGAGCUGAAGGCAAUCCGUGAUGGCACCGCAAAGGAGAACCUGGAUCAUCCUACAGUACUAUACGAGUUGAUGCGUGCAGACUUGCCUGCCGAGGAGAAGCGGUUGGGCCGACUGAACGAAGAGGCGCAGCUUCUGGUAGCGGCUGGGCUCACGACAACUGCUUGGGCGUUGUCUGUCGCUUCCUUCCGUGUGAUUCGCUCGCCAGCGAUGGCAAAGAAACUCCGAGAUGAGCUUGCAGCUUUUCCGGAGGACUUAAGGUGGGCCGACAUCGAAAACCUGCCGUACCUCAAUGCCUGUAUUCGGGAAGGUCUGAGACUCUCCUACGGGGUAACUGCGCGCAGUCCUCGACUUUGGGACCGUCCGAUCGAGUAUCGCGGCUGGACGGUACCUGCACGCACACCCGUCAGCUUGACCAUCGUUGACCACAAUCACAACGAGGAGAUCUUCCCCGACUCCCACAAGUUCGACCCCGAAAGAUGGCUUUCCGGUAACGAGCUCAACAAGAAGAUGGACAAGUGGUGGUUUCCAUUUGCCAAAGGUAGUAGAUCCUGCUUGGGAGUCAACCUUGCAACUGCGGAGCUGCAUAUGUGUCUGGCAACACUAUUCAAGCGGUACGACUUUGAGCUGUUUGAGACAGAUGAGUCGGAUGUCGAGCUGGCGCACGACUUCUUCCUGCCAAGUGCAAAGCUAGAUUCGAAGGGCGUAAGGGUUAAGGUGAAGUUUGCAGAGUCGUCCACGUAG